UAAGCGGCGCGAUGGCGGCGCCUCCAGUCAGUGGAUCAACGCACUGAGCGAUGCUCGCAACACCAUCCAUCGCAAACUCCGCUCCCUUUGCCGCUCCGGCUUCGAGUAGACCCAUUCCAACGCCUCGCGUCGCGUCAUCCUGCUACCUCUAUUAAUUUUCCACCGUCCCCUCCCUGAAGUUGUAAACGUUAUUUUGGCUCGCGAUCCGGCUGAGCCUGGAGUUCCCUGGAUAAAGCAGCGAGGUUUAUGAUUCAAAAAAAAAAACGUUGCUGCUGUGGAGUAUACUAGUAGUAGGGAAAAAGAAAAGGUUAAGAAUAUCUCGGGCUCAAUCGGCCUCGGCUCGGGAUGCUCCGGCUUGAGGUCCCUCCGUUUCUCCCUUCUCUCGGACUCUCUCCCUUCCCCGGCGGCGGCGCCAUUUGUCACGUCUUCGCCAAGCCCUUUGCCGGCGACGAGCAUCCUCCAGUUUGUCGACCAGGAGAAGGCAUGGCUUCACGCAUUACACCUUCCAAGAGGCCGUUUCAGAAAAAUUCUUCAGAUCACAAUGGCCGGGGCAAGUGGCAGAAGACAAAGCAUUCUUCUUCACAUAAAUCUCAGCCCAAAAUAAAGCCUGGUGUUCCCAUUUUUCGCAUUCUCUGCCCUGCUUCAAAGUCUGGGAAUGUAAUCGGUAGAAAGGGCAGCAUUAUCGCAAAGAUACGGCAAGAAACCGGAGUGAGAAUCAGGGUUGAUAAAGCAUUCCCUGGUUGUGACGAGAGAGUUGUUUUCAUAUCUGCCAUUGACAAGGAUGAAGAAGCUAUUAGCGAGCAAGGUGGAGAGAAUGAUGGAGGUGUUGCUGUUUCUGUUUCUGCUUCUGGUGGCCACGAGAAGGAUAAAGUCAGCAGUAAGGAAAACAAUGAUGAUCCAGAGAAAAAUCACAGUAACCAGGAAAAAGAUGAUUCAGAGCGAGACUACAGUAAUGAGGAAAAGGAUGAUCCAGAGAAAGACAACAGCAAGGAGCAGAAGGAUGAUCCAGGGAAAGAAAAUGGUAAGGAACAUAAGGAUGAUUCAGAUAAAGGGCACAUUAAGGAAGAAAAUGAUGAUGGUUCAGAGAAUGACCACAGUAAGGAAGAAAAUGAUGCUUCAGAGACAGAUCACAGUAAGGAAGAAAAGGAUGCUUCAGAGAAAGAUCACAGUAAGGAAGAAAAGGAUGGUCCCUUUGUUGCAAAACAUAUCAAGUCAGAAGACUCAGAACCGGAGAUGGCAGUGCCAUCAGCACUGAAGGCCAUUUUGUUUGUCUUCGACAGGAUUUUAGCGGCUGAAGAGGAUAAUGAAACUGGGGAUGCAUCAGGUGCGAGCGCUCCUGUUUCUUUGCGAUUAUUGGUGCUAUAUAGCCAAGCAGGUUGGCUUUUGGGGAAGGGUGGCAGUGUCAUUAAGCAAAUGUCAGUUGAUAACAACUGUGAAAUCCGUGUUUCAAAGGACAAACUUCCAUCAUGUGCACUACCCAAUGACAGACUUUGCCAGAUCAAUGGAGAGUUUGACUCAGUAAGGAAAGGUUUGAAUGCUGUAGCUGAAUUGCUGUUAGCUCAUCCACCCAAGGAAACUGAUGUAGUUGCUGGUGUUCAUUCUUCUGGAUCAUCAUCGCGGUCUUUGUUUAGCCAGUCAGAUGGCUUUGCUUCAGGAAUGCAAUCCAACUUCCAUAUCCCCUUGCAAGGACCAACCCAAGCCAAUGGACCUUUUGAUAUCAUUGAUCGUCAACCAAAUAUGGCUCCUUUUCCUAUCGGACCUGAAGCUCCAGUACACGGCCAUGCCUCAGCCCCUAUAGAACCCCUCUCCUUUAGGUUACUGUGUGCAAAAGACAAGGUUGGCAGUGUAAUUGGCAAGGGUGGAAACACUGUUAAAACUAUCCAAAAUGAUACAGGCUGUGAAAUAAAAGUUCUUGAGACUGUUCCAAAAACAGAUGAUCGCAUCAUAAAUAUAUCUGGACCUGCGCAUCCAGGUGAUGGAAUUUCCCCUGCACAGAAUGCCAUUUUGCAUGUGCAGCGAAAACUUAUGUUGCCUACCUCUGAUAAGGAGGGUCCUGCAAUAUGUAGGCUGAUUGUUUCACCAAACCAAGUUGGUUGCCUUCUGGGCAAAGGUGGUAGUAUCAUAGCUGAAAUGAGGAAGCUUUCAGGAGCAUUUAUAAUAGUGUUGAGCAAAGACAAGAUCCCGAGGGGUGUCCCAGAAGAUGAUGAAGUUAUUCAGAUAAGCGGGGGCUGUGAAGCCAUUCAAGAAGCUCUAAUGCAGAUAACUGCUAGGCUUCGUAACCAUCUUUUCCGAGACAGAAUGCCUGGAAUGGGUCCUAAUAUGCGGCUGCCUUUUGGUUUGUUGGAUUCUCAGUUUGGUCCUUAUGUGGGGAACCAUGAAUCUCCAUCUCUGUUUCAUAAAGAUUUUAUGGGACGGCCAUUUGAUGGGAUCUCUGCCCCUUGGACAGUGAAGGGCAUGCGUGAUGUAGGUGAUCCGAUGUCAAUACCUGAUAUCCCCGGAGCAGGGCAUAGAGAACUUGGUGGAUUCUCUGGUCCUGGUCAGUCAUCCGUGAUGCCAAACGUGACUGCAGAGGUCUUAGUUCCAAGAUUAGUUGUUCCCGCUCUCUGUGGUGAAGAUGGAGGUUGUUUGGAUAGGAUUCGUGAGUUUUCGGAAGCUAAGAUAACAGUCGCUGAACCUAUAGCUGAUUCAAUGGACACUGCUGUUUUAAUAUCUGGCACACCAGACCAGAUGCAUGCUGCCCGGAGUCUUGUUGAAGCAUUUGUUAUAAGUGAAUCAUUUGGCCCAUGAUAUUGCGAUCCUGGAAAGCCAGAAAUAACAAUUGUGGCCUGAACGAAAUGCAAGGGUAGCAAUAGGGCCAGAUUUGGACGUUGUCGGCUGCAUCAGUGACAGACAGAUGGAUCAUAUGGCCACAAGCACGGUAGCGUCCUCCUGCUUGCAAAACCAAUUUGUUUGCAUGUUUGCGGGAUCGCUAUCUUGUGGGUCGUUUUGUUUUGUCAAUAUCUGUGUGCUGCUCUGCUCCACGUUUAAGCACUGCUUGCGUGCUCUGGAAUGCUGGAUUCUCUCUUCUCUCCAAUGUUGUUGCCAAGUGCUUGGAAAAUUCAUCUUUGUGUUGCAAAGAGUGCCCUGGGUUGCUGGGAUUGACUGAUUGAUUGAUUAUAUGUAACUGUGCAAUGUUUUGUUGAAAGCACUGUAACCUGUAAGUAUGUAUACAUCUCAAUUUCCCUGG